CACCCAAGAUGGCAACCAGUCAGGACAGAUAAAUUUGUGAUAUAUUGGGAUAAUUUUAGCCAUAAAAGCUACAAAAUAUAGAUGAUAAGUGGGUAACAAAGGCAAGAUGGAAACCGGAUGUAAAGGUAGUGGUGGACAGACGGAAUUUAUUGUUGGUGGAAAGUACCGUCUUGUUAGAAAAAUAGGCAGUGGCUCGUUUGGUGACAUUUAUUUGGGUAUCAACGUAACGAAUGGAGAAGAAGUAGCAGUGAAACUUGAAUCACUCAAGGCCAGACAUCCCCAGCUUUUGUACGAAAGCAAGUUAUACAAAAUAUUAGCCGGAGGAGUUGGUAUUCCGCACAUUCGUUAUUAUAACCAAGAAAAAGAAUAUAAUGUCCUUGUUAUGGACUUGCUUGGGCCCAGUCUGGAGGAUUUGUUCAACUUCUGUUCAAGGAGAUUUACAAUGAAAACUGUGCUCAUGCUUGCUGACCAAAUGAUCGGGCGUAUCGAAUAUGUUCACAACAAAAAUUUUAUCCACAGAGACAUAAAACCUGACAAUUUCUUAAUGGGAAUAGGUCGUCAUUGUAAUAAGGUGUUUCUCAUUGACUAUGGUCUGGCCAAGAAAUACAGAGAUAGUCGAACAAGACAACACAUCACGUACAGAGAAGACAAGAACCUAACUGGAACUGCCCGAUACGCAAGUAUCAAUGCACAUCUUGGUAUUGAACAAAGUCGGAGGGAUGACAUGGAGUCACUUGGCUAUGUACUAAUGUACUUCAAUCGAGGCUCACUGCCUUGGCAAGGCUUAAAGGCUGCAACGAAAAAGCAGAAAUAUGAAAAAAUCAGCGAGAAAAAGAUGUCUACCCCGGUGGAAGUCCUUUGUAAAGGAUUUCCUGCAGAGUUUGCAAUGUAUUUGAAUUACUGCAGAGGACUGCGUUUUGAGGAGGCCCCAGACUACAUGUAUCUACGACAGCUAUUCCGCAUCCUGUUCCGUACAUUGAACUAUCAGUAUGACUACACAUUUGAUUGGACAAUGCUGAAGCAAAAAGCAGCAACUGUGACCAGUACUGGGGCAAGUAUCCCUACUGGGGCCACUGCAGGGCACAAGUAAUAUGUAGAGAUGAAAAGAAACCUUGUUAUCAAGCUUGUUUGACCCAAGACAGUUCGUAGCUUAAAAAAGUGGUUUGUUUUGAAGAUGAGAGCGUAAUAUGAAUGGAUAAUUGUUGGAUCUAGGUACACAAGAGUCAUAAUGUGUACAUGAUGAAAAACAGUACAUAAUGUACUUGUGAGAAAAUGUAUGUAAAAUGUAGUUAAGGCCAAACAUCUUACAGUUUGGCAAUUUUUGAUCUGGUUACAAUUCGUUGGGAUCCAAUUUAAGGUCAAAGAAAACUUGUGUCAUGAAUAAUUUAACACCAGCCUAGUAAGAAGGAUUUAUUGAGAGAAUUAUAAAAUGGGUACAUUCUAUAUUGGUAUACUUAUGACAUUGCUCAAUAUAACAAUGUUAAGUAUUUAAAUGUGUAGAAAGUAUUUAUGGACAAUUGAAAUAUGAAAAGAAAGCGAGGUCAAGAAAGGUGUGUUUCUUAGUAUCUGUCACCCUAAGCUUUGACCCACUAUUGGCUAUUCCUUUGGCUGUGUAUUUGGAAUUUUUGGUUAUCACCAUUAAUCCAAAACUAUGUACACAGAAUACACACAAUUUUUGCCAAAGCUCAUAAGAGACUGGUUUAUCCACUUUAUUUGUUGGUAUAUAUAGAACCCAAAAUAUGGCCUGCAUAGUCUUUGAUUUUGGAAUACAUGUAUCCUUGGUAAGUAUCCUUAAGUCAUUAGUAGACUUGUAAAUAGCUCAUAUGAUAGAAAAAAACUCAUAUAUAUUAAUUGUGUAAAUAUUUAUUUAAAAAUGAAUACAAUUGUACACUGCUUUGUAAUAUUUAGACUUUUGGUGUAUCAUUGUGUGUGUUUGUGUACUUAAUGAAUGUGUGACAAUUGCAAACCUAUUCUGAUAAUGAGAAUUGAAUAAAUAAAGUAUAUGAUUUCAAUAGAAUGUUAUAGUUUCUCAGUGAGUUGAAGUAAUUUCAAAUCAUUUGAACUGUGGUAAAAAUUACAAAAUUUUGCACAUUAUUUCAAGCUGUAGAUGAAAACAAACAGCAUGUUAAACAGUAACGUCAUGUGUUGUAAAAGCACUUGGGUAUGCUGAACUUAACAUACAAUUUUUGUUUUAAAUGAAAUAUGUAUUUGACGUGUUUAAUUCCAUAGCACAGAUGAUUUUUCAUGUUUCCUCCAAAAUUUUGUAUUAAAUUUGUAGCACUCACAGCAAAACUUUUAAAAGUAUGAUGUUUUUUUUUAUGCUGACAAAAGAAUGUUGCAGUAUUGAAAAAUAUUAUAUACUGUACAUGUUUUGCCAAACUCUUAAGAGAAGUUUAUUAAAUGUAUUUGUCAGCAUACAUAGAAUUCCAAAAUGUGAACUAUGGCCACACACUCUUUGAUUUUAGGGGUACAUCCUUGAUGAGUACCACCCCCACCCUGUUUAUAUGUCAUUAGUAAGUCUUGUAAAUAUCUCAUACGAUAGAAAAACUCAUAUAUAUAUAUAUAUUGAUUGUGUAAAUAUUUAUUUAAAAAAUGAAUACAAUUGUACACUACAUUGUAAUAUUUAGACUUUUGGUGUAUCAUUUUGUGUGUUUGUGUACUUAAUGAAUGUGUGACAAAGAAACCUAUAUUCUACUAAAGUGUAGGUAACAAGAAAGGAGUUAAAACAGUAUGAUUUGUCUCAGCAAGUUGCAGUAGUUUAUUCUGUAUCAAAAUUACAUUAGAUUGCAAAAUUCGGCACUUUAUUUCUUCUAACAAUUUGCAAUGAAGCAUUCUGCGCAAAAUUUAUCAUAAAAUUGUGUAAUGAUUGAUAACAUAUAAUAGACAGAAGAAAAUUUUAAUAUUGAAAAGUAUGAUACACAUAUUGCAUUGUGGUUAUUCAAAUGUUGGAAUACUUUUCAGAGUUGUCUAUUGCUAUAAUAUUGCCAUAAAUUACUUGAGGUGUGCAUGCAUUCACUCACGAACUUUAUGUCUUCAGUACCUGGUAGUAGACAAUUUCAGAUUCAGUUUUCACAAACAAUUAAAAAAUACCUGAGUGAUUGAAAAAUAUUCAGAUCAUGUAAUUAUAUAACCAAUAUUAUAUAUAUACUGUACAAACAUUUUAGUAGUGCUGUCAAAGUAAUGUACAAUAUGUAAAAAAAACAUAUGCUGUACAUUGUGCUACACUGUGUAUUAAUAUGUAAUUACACUUUAGGUUUUGUGUAAGGAAAAGAAAGGUCUCUUUAAGUGUUCCUCGACAUUAUUUUUUUUUCUUUUGCCACAAGUGGUCUGUCCCUGUUCAUCUGAUAAUGUUUUUGAUGUGGCACAUGUUUAACUUAAGUCAUUUGAAUUUUUGAAAACUUGUACAUUUGAUUCUUGUCCUUGUCAUUUCAAGUGAAAUGUUCCAAAUCAAAACAUUAUCUCCAAUGUAAUUCAUAAAAAAUAAAAAAAAAUAAGGACCUAUUUUAAGAUCAUAAGGAAAAGCAAUUUUGUCAAAUCAGGAUUAACAAUCAUUUCAUCAUAAUUUGUAAAAUGUUUCCUUAUUUAUUAUUCCAAGUUGUGCUGGAGAACUAAGGAUGUUGCACUUCCUCUUUAGACAUUAUUAACUAAAGAGCUUUUUUAGGCUUAAAGAGGGGAACACAUGUUAACUGUCAUCUCUUUCUUGAUGAUUUUGUAUUUUAAAACUUUGUUUUAGAUCAAAUCUACAAUCUUCUUGAUGUUAUGGAAGUACCUGUGGCUACAUUUUAUGUCUUGUACAUUGGUAAAAGAUUGCUAAAGAUUCAAGGUUUCAGCUAAAUAUAUUGUGAAAAAAAGUAGUGAAAUGACCAUACUGUUAAAUUAAAAUCUAUAUAAUAAAUGUGGUUCAUGAUGUCAUGAAUUUAUCUCUUAGUUCAUGUUCAGUGUGGUUGACAUGUGAGUCAUUUGCACAUUUAUGCAUUUUCCCAUGUUUUCGAGAAAAAAAUCCCCCCAAAAAAAUCAUCUUCCAAAAUGUUUUGAUUAGUUUGAUCAACUUUGAAUUCUGUACUUUCAUGCUUCAUUUUCUUUUUGUCACGUCUACUUUUGUAAAUAGUUUUAUCUAGCUGAAACUGCCCAUCAUAAUUUCAUUGCAUCAGCAUCACAUUUAACCUCAAUUUUCAUAAAGUUCAUGAAAUGUUUCAACCCAGUUGUUACUAUGUGACGCCAAUAUCAUUAUCUCCAUUAUUUCAUGUGAUUUUGAGGUGAAAGAUUUAAAUUCUGGUAUUUUUCCUUGAGCUUAAUGUAAAUACGAUGCCGCAACAAGUAUUGAAAAUUAAUGGAUAUUUUGAUUUUCCAAUCGUACUUGCUCAUCUUAUUGUCAAUGCAGAAAAAAAUGAAAAAAGCAGUCACAAGUUGAAACAAAAAAAGGAAACGCUUGUCAAUGCAGAUCAAGCUUAAAAAUGAAUUAUGUAUGGGAGUUAACUUUAAAUAUAAGAAUUAAAUGAAUUUAUCCCAAUACUGAAAGGAUGGUAUUUACUGUACCAAACUGUAUAUGUAGUUUUUUGGUGAAGUUUAUUAUAAAUAAUUUUUUAAUUACAGUGAGUAAAUUUCACUAAAUCUUUUUAUUUCAUGAUCCCCCUUAUAUCACCCCAGAUCUAAUUUGGAAAUACUUAUGUGUAACCGUGUCAUAAAAUGGGAGUAACAAUCGCUCCGUUAUUCUUUCUAUUCAAAAUGGAUGCUUGUCGAGUCCCCAUUAUCGUAAAGGGAAUGUAUAGAAAGGAUUAGAGUGGUAAUCGCACCACCCAUAGAUCAGAACAAGUUGAAAUAUUAAAUAUUGUUAAACAAGGAGGAAAUAAAAGUACAUGAUUGUCCCAAGGUUCAAGCAAUGUGUUAUAAACUUGGACAUCAGAAACAGAGUAACAAUCCAAGUGUGAUUAUCUCUAUAUUAUCAUCUAAAAAUUAGAGGAGUUUAAUUGAUGAAUAGAAAGCAGUCAAUGAGCUGAGAAGUAUUUCAGUUUUACUGCUAAGACAAGAAAGGAUGUGAAUAUUUUUGGGACAAGAGGAUGGGGGGAGGGAGGGGGUUUUCCAGGGUAUGGAUAAAACUGUACAGUUUUAUUUUUUAUUACUUUGUGCAGUAGAUGUCGGUGUAAAUGUGUACUGCCUGUUGUUGAUUUUUCUCCAUUCUGUGAUUUUGUUGACUGUCUACCUGAGUUUGUCAUUGUUUACCUGUGUAAUCAGUACAAAGAGAUGUGUGUGUGUGUGUGUGUGUGUGUGUGUGUUAGGAAACUGGUGAACACUGGUGCUUGAAUUGAACUGAAUUGCCAAUACUCCCAUUGAGAACCGGAUUUGGCAUAGGCUACAGUAAUGUCCAUUUUGAUAAAUGUAGACAUGAGGAUGAAAAGGGCUCAUACAUUUUGUAUGUAUUUAAAAAUCAAAUCAAGCACCUGUGCUGAUAAUAUAUUAACAUGAGGUAGAUCUUGUGUAUUACAUCAUUAUGAUGUAUAGGAAUAUAGAAGUGGAGUGGCUAAUAGUGUGUUAAUUACUUUUAUUAAUUUCCAUGAAGUAGCUCUAUAUAUAAAAUAAUAUUGAGUGUGUCAGUUCAGUCUUAUCAGUACUAUUAUGUAUUGUAGAAUGAGGCGAGAGUGUUGAUCGUAGGUCAGCUUCAAUGUUUUACAUUAUGUUCUGUUUCUAUUAGCUCAGAUAUGCUUAAAAAGUCCUAGUAUUGUAGAGCUACACUUAAUGUAUGAUUUGUUUUAAUUAGUCUGUAGCAGUUACUACUUUAACAUCUGAAAUUUCUUAAUGAUUAGGGCAGAUGUAAAUUAGAAAAAUAAAAGCGUGUUUGGAACAUAAUUGGUUUGAAUUUCAAAAGGAAAGAAAAAUCAAAUGGUGGAUAAGUAAAUUGAAGUUGAUUAUUUAAAAAAAAUUCUUCAAAACGAAUUUUGGAAAAUUUUCAUUCAAACACUAGUUUCAUAGUAUUUGACAUUUGGAGCCUAUUGUUAAUGACUGUCCUAAAUCGUGGUUGUAAUGUGUUUGUAAGGUUAAAAAGUUAAUUUCAUUUCUUUCACUGACCAUUGUUUCCUGUAAAGCUUAUUUCUGGCAUUUCUUCUGUAUAGUAAUGGAAUUUUAAUAAAUGUUGAAGUUCUGAAAUGAA